AAAAUAUAACCUAAAAUUAUAUUAGAUUUAAAAUCGUAAUUUAUUUAUGAUAAUUAAUCUCGUAUAUAUAAGAAAUUUUGGUGUCCUCAAAAUUGUUUGUAUUCUUUGAUUUGAAACGAUGGCAGAUGAUGGUGAAAACGUAGCUGGAAUGACUGUAAAAGAGCCACUUGACCUAAUACGCCUAAGUUUGGAUGAAAGAAUCUAUGUAAAAAUGAGAAAUGAGCGUGAACUACGCGGCAAACUACAUGCUUAUGACCAGCAUUUGAACAUGGUUCUUGGUGAUGCAGAGGAAACUAUUACAACAGUAGAAAUUGACGAAGAAACAUAUGAAGAAGUGUACAGGACAACCAAAAGAACAAUUCCCAUGUUAUUUGUCAGAGGUGAUGGUGUGAUACUUGUGUCUCCACCAGUACGUGUUGGAGUGUAAGUUUAAAUUUAAGCUAAUUAAAAUCUAAAUUAAGUAA